AUGUGGAGGGAAGUGUUGACACCUUCUCCUCGGCGAAGCCAGUAUGGAAUCAACCAGCCUCAUGAGAACGGAAUGGGCCAAUUUGGCACCAUAGUUUCCCUCGGUGAGAAAUCCGGUUAUUGGGGAUGCUAUCGCCACCGAAUGGCUGAUUCUGCUAUUGAUAAAUUCAAAUCACCAACUCCGGACUCGGAGCCAACUUGCCUUCGAACUCAAUUGAACGCCAGUCGUUCUGGCCGAAUACACCACGUUGACUUCCCUGACAACCUCUGCUUUGUGGUAGAGGGUCAGGACCACUCUCAAUUAUCAGCCGAAGAGCGCGAGCAUUGGUUCACCAAUUUUGACGGCUCUGUCAACCAGUGGGUCAAGGAUCUUGUGGAUUCUGGACCCGAGGCGGGGAUCCUUGAUGCUCGAUUGUGCUAUGAGCCUGGUAGCGGCACAUUUUGGGGUUCCGAGCCUCGGGCUCUGAACGCUCUUAACUACAACAAGAAGGUUCAUUUGUUCUAUUUCAAAGACUUGGGCUAUAUGGAGCGGAUUGGCUGCCUUAACAAGGGACAUGUUGACCCGAGAAAGCGCUUUCUUGAGUCAUAUGGGCCUGGAGGAGAAAUCAAUGAGGGGAAGAUCAGCCUGUUGGUAGAGACAGUGGUUUUGAAAGCGGAUGAGGUGGAUUGUGAAUAUAUUGGCUAUGUCGAAGGCACUGGUUUCAUGUCGACAAGCCCUCAAUCUUCAAUUUGA